ACCCUCCGGACCCCCUCUCAGCCUCUUUUCCAUUCCAAAAGCUGAGGGUGCAUCCAUAAGAGCGCGUCUCUAACGUCGCCGCCAUUUCAUUCCUCGGCCCUGCUUCCUCACACACACAGUCACACACAAAUUAUACGCAUGUGUCGAUUAUCAAAUAGCUGAAAGAAGUUCUGAAGAAGAAAGAGUUGAAAAUGAACCCAGAAUUGAAAAAGAAAGAACUAGAUAUCUACUUCCAAUGAUUGUUUGAAAGACAAAGCAGUAGUUUCUCUAACAACACACAACAAUGACGAUCCACUCCGUUCUCAUCCAAAAACUCCUCAGCACAAGCGCCAAUUCGCGCAACCGGGUCGUCGCACACCACUUCAAGGUCUUCACCUACGGAGCCCGAAACGAAGUGGCCAUUAUCGACUCAGACAAAACCCUAAUCUGUCUCCGAAACGCCUGCAAUUUCAUCGGCAACCUUGUCCGCCUAAAGGGUCGAGUUCUCUUCGUCAACACCAACUACCUGCACGAUGAAAUUAUCGAACAGAUGACGCAAAGGAUUGGCAUCAAGAACGACACUACUUGGCGGCUUAGUGGGUUCUUGACCAACCGUGGAAGUCCUAGGAAGUUUAAGUCCAGAAAGAAGAAGUUCAAUCUGUGUUCGAUUCACCCACCCGACUGCGUUGUGUUGUUGGAUACGGAGAGGAAGUCGUCAGUGUUAUACGAAGCUGAUCGGCUGCAAAUUCCGGUGGUGGGUUUGGUGGAUUCGACCAUGCCGUGGGACAUGUAUAAGCGGAUUACUUAUCCGGUUCCGGCGAAUGAUUCUGUGCACUUUGUGUAUUUGUUCUGUAAUUUGAUCACGAAAACGAUUCUUCUCGAGCAAAAGAGAUUUGCAGCGGCAAUGGGUGCCACUGCCAAAGAAGAAGAACCACCUCAAAUUGGGGAGGAAGUGCAAGACAGUGCGAAAUAUGAAAUCUCCGUUCUUCCUUAUGAAAGCUUAUUCCCUCCUACUGACGCUUUCUUGGAAAGUAUUUUGGACAAACUUGCCGUGCUGAAGUUCAAUCGUAGUUUGGGGGAACAAAUGGGUUUUAAUGGUCCCAUAUCCACGAUUGAAGCUUGUAAUGGGUUGACAAAUUUAGACUUGUUUGUUAAUCAGAUAGAGUCACUCAAUGAUAAGCGUGGAUGCGAUAUACCCCUGAUUCUGAUGAACACAAUCAGGACACAUGAUGAUACCCUUAAGGUUUUGGAGAAAUAUUCUGAGAAAAAUGUUAACAUUGUUAGUUUUAACCAGAGCGAGACUCAAUCAAUGACUGAUGGACAGGCCGGAGAGGAUGAAGAGUAUCUUUCUGAUGAUCAUGAAGUGUUCCUUUCCUUGAAAACUAGUGGUGUCCUUGAUGACUUAUUAUCUCAGGGUAAGGAGUAUAUCCUUGUGGUUAAUUCAGAUAACCUGGCUGCAGUAAUUGACCCACAAAUUUUAAAUCAUCUGAUUCUGAACAGUAUUGAAUACUGUAUGGAGGUGAUGCCUGCCACCUUGCCUAAUUUUCAAGGAAGUUUUCUUAGUUCUCAAGAAGGGAAGUUUCAGCUUUCUGAAAUUGCGCAUUUUCCUGUCAAUAAUGUUAAAUUUGAGUCAAUGGAGAAGUUCAAACUUAUUGAUACAAAGAACUUGUGGGUGAACCUGAAGGCCAUAAAAAGGCUUCUGGAAAAUAAUGCACUGAAAAUUGAGAAUUGUACUGUUUUGAAGGCUAUGAAUGUUGAUAAAGGUCUUUUGCAAGAAACAGCAGCUAGUUCAACAAUGCGGUUCUUCAAUCGUGCUAUUGGUAUUAAUGUGCCCCAUUCUCGAUUUCUUUCAAUGUCAACAACGUCAGAUCUACUGCUUGCUCAGUCAGAUCUGUACACCUGUGCUAAAGGUGUUCUAAUCCGAAAUAGAGAUAGAACAAGUCCUGCCAAUCCUUUUAUUGAAUUAGGACCUGAAUUUGAAAAGAUUAGUGACUUCCACAGUCGUUUCAAGUCCAUUCCUAGCAUCAUUGAGCUUGAUAGCUUAAGGGUCUCUGGUGAUGUUUGGUUUGGAGCUGGUGUAACCCUCAAGGGCAAAGUAACUAUUGUUGCAAAACCUGGGAUAAAAUUAGAAAUUCCUGAUGGAGUAGUACUUGAAAAUAAGGAAAUCAGUGACCCUGGGGACAUUUAAUGAAGGCCAUCACAUUUUUGUUUAUUUUAAUGCUGGUAAAGAAUAUAAGUAGCAAAAAAUUUUGUUGUAACAUGUGAUGCUUGUAUUGCAUCUAUAUGAUGUCAUUGCAUUCAUUUUUCUUUUCUCUCUCUUCCUAGAGAUUUCGUUUCUUGCUGUAGCUGGUAAAGCAUAUUCUUUCUGUAUCGAACAAGAUACAAUUUUGAAGCAACCAAGUGGAUGGAUUCUUUUGACUC